CUGAUCUCACACAGGAAGAGAGUUACAGUGAAGACAUGUGUGUGAGAGUCACUGUGUUGGUUCUGCUUCUAUGUGGAAUAUUUAACAGAUUUCACGCCCCAGCGGAUGCCUCUACCUCUUCAUCUUUUCGUUCCCAUGAUGUUCUCUUGUCAUGUGUGUUUGAGGUCAAGCCCAAGCCGCUAAACAUGUCUUUAUUGACUGUGCAGUGGCUCCAUGAUGCGCGGCCACUGGUAGAAUUUAGAAACAAUAGUCUGGUGUCUCACGACCCUCGGGCUUUGCUGUCUGUGGAACAGCUGAGAAAGGAGAACGCUUCUCUUGUCCUGACCAACCCAACCUUGUCUGACAGCGGCAACUACACCUGUGUGCUCCAGUAUGGCAAAACGACUGAGCUAAUACACAUUGUCUUAACGGUUCAAGAAGAACGUAUCCAAAUCUAUGCCGUGCCACAUCCUAGAGAAAAAUAUGACGAUUCCAGCAAUACAGAAAUUCACCAAAGGUCUAACUCAAUAGAUGAUGACAUAGACGCUAUUCCGAGUCCUAAAGUACUAACUACUGGUUUGUCAACCCAACAUACCCCAAAAGCCAAAUCUUAUCUAUCAAUGGAAAUAAGCAAAGAAGUUUCAGUUCAGAUGGGAAGUAAUGUGUCAUUAAAUUGUACCUUCAACAUACGACCAUCAAUGAGCCUUAAUGAUCUCACUGUGCACUGGUCCAAAGAUGGGGUGACAAGGACAUUUAUGAACAAAACAUACAUUUACCCUCCUGGGUAUAACAUGCCAGAGGAAAAGCUUUUUCAAGGACUUACAGAUCUGAAACUUAAAAAUGUGAGCAGAAAUGAUACUGGGGUCUACACCUGCUUUAUAAAGUACAGGACAAUGAAAGCCAGUACGAACAUCACUCUUACAAUAAAAGCCAAAUCUUAUCUAUCAAUGGAAAGAAGCAAAACAGUUUCAGUUCAGCUGGGAAGUAAUGUGUCAUUAAAUUGUACCUUCAACAUACAACCACCAAUGAGCAGCCUUAAUGAUCUCACUGUGCACUGGUCCAAAGAUGGGGUGACAAGGACAUUUAUGAACAAAACAUACAUUUACCCACCUGGGUAUAAUAUGCCAGAGGAAAAGCUUCAUCAAGGACUUACAGAUCUGAAACUUAAAAAUGUGAGCAGAAAUGAUACUGGGGUCUAUACCUGCUUUAUAAAGUACAGGACAAUGGAAAACAGUACGGAAAUCACUCUUACAAUAGAAGCAUACAAAGAGUUGAAGAUUGGAAUGGUCCUUUCUGUGCUGAGUAUUUCUGGCUCUCUGGUGUUUCUGUUCUAUUUCUGCUUUGCUGGGUGAAAACUAUUAACACUUCAAGAGAGAAGAUGGGGAGACCAGAUCAUCUUUCCUUGAUCAGAUCAGAUGGAGGAAUCCUUGGAAGAUUUAUGUUUGGUAUUUAAAAAUGGAUGUGGACUUUACCCUAGAACGCUCUUUUUAUAAACAAUAUUUCCAAUACAUUUUAAUAGCAGACAUUUUAAAAACAAAAUAUAUUAAUAGAUUUAACAUGAUAACAUUUUACAUAACAAUUACAAGGCUCGAGUGAAUUGGUAGGAAAACUGUAUCGCAGACUAAUAUCAGCACCUGAUCUCAGUUGAUAUAUUUAAGGAUCCAUCAGUGGUGAUUUAGGAUCUACAACCAUUUUGCAGAAAACAAUCAACAGUUUUCAGAAAUUAAAUUCUCCCAUUCUAAGAUGUAUCGCUUUCUUAAGUAUAUAAAUAAUAUAGCUAAAAAAUAAAGUAUAGAAUGUACAUCUAUAAACACAGCACUGAUUUA